CUUUUGAAUCAAUGUCAUCAGUCAGUGGAGUUCAAAUACGAAGGUCAAGGCCAGAAGACUAUGACGCAAUCGUGGACUUGGGCGAUGUGUAUUUCGGAAGAGAUUAUCUUCAGUCUCUGUAUCAAAAAGCUGUAAAUGACCCAGACAUUUAUCCUCUUGUGGCUGAGGUCAAGGGUCAAGUGGUCGGUUUCUACAUGAAUCACAUUCUAGACGGCGGUCUGUCAGUCAUGAAACGUGCGGCCAGAGUUCAUCCUUCCUUCAGGAAGAUGGGAAUCAUGCACGAGUUGCGCCAAGCAUUGGACGAGCAUGUGGCCACGCUGAGACCUGGAUUGCAGUAUCUUUAUUUAAGUGCAUCGAAUGAUAAUGUUUCAGAUGUAAAAAAAGAAUACAUGUCCCAAGGCUAUGAGGAGAUAUUACGAAAGCCUUUCAUAUGCCUGGAUUUCUGCACCAAAGAUCUGAAUGUCAGUGAUGUCACAGACCACGUGUCUUCGGUGACUACUUUAAGCUAUAACGACAUCAAAUUGUUGUUUACUCUCGAAGACGUGCUGGACAAGUUUUUCGACUCGCGAAUCAUUUUUAACAAUUUCGUUGGUUACAGAUGCUUAGAGAGUAACAUUAAACAUUUCUUGAACGAGAAUAAAGAAGUCUGCGUCACUAUUGCGUCAUCAACUAAGCCGCCGGGUGCGACUACGGCAAUCGCAAUUCACGAUAUAGACGUGGUGACCUUUUCAGAAUGGUUCAAGUCAGAAGUUGGCGUGGUCUAUAUAGUAGAUAUCUACACAUCACAAGGAAGCAGUGACCAGUCCAUUCAAGCCCACUUAUGGAGACAUGUGGACUUCUUAAAGAAACUGAAUUUUGGUGACAAAGGCAUUUUUGAGGUAUCUUAUGGACCCAAUGUUUCAGAGGAGAAGGUUCGGUCCUACCUGAAGCAAGUCGGUAUAUCAGAACUUUCAAACCUUCCAUUGAACAUGGAAGUCUUGCUAGAAAAGAAAUUAUAAGGAACUCUAUAUAUGUAUCUACAAAAGUCAUUUGCUACUAUGCAGUAUGUCCAUAUCCAAUGCAUUUCGAUAUCGAUUAUCAAACUUCAAGCCAACGUUUCAAAUAGUUUAAUAUCUCCAGUGGUUUACGUAAUCCAAGAAACGUCGAAUUAAUAGCAUGCAAGAGAUCUUGACCGGAAACCCCCUGCAAGUCUGUCCUGCUUACACAUUACGUUACACACAAACAUUGCAUAUAUACUUUUGCGGAUAACUCUUUGAUUAAUUUCUCGGUUAUGAAAUACUGUGUAAUGAUUGCUCUUUUGUACGUACAUACGAUAUGAACACCUAUAAGGUAAAAAUGUCACGCUUUCGGAAGACCUUUUGCAGCUUUAGUAACCUUUAACAGAUUGCAGACAUGGUAUACAAACACGUAUUACAUCUUUCUCACUACUGUAAAGCUACAGUACUAGUUAAGACAUUGGCGUUUCAGCCAAAAAUGAACGACAUUUGUCAAGUGUUAAAUGUUUUUGUUUAUUUAUUUAUUGUUUGCUUAAAAGUGUACCU